UGAAUGUGUAGUUAAAAGAGCUGCACCAGCCUGUCAGUGCCUAAUCUGUUUGUAAGCAUUUAACAGCUAUUUACAAAGAUCCUUUUCGACAGAUAUUGCCAUCAUGAGCACAGUUUUCACUCUCUGUCUCGUGGCCAUGAUGUUUUGCCUUGUGUUGUCCUGUGAAGAGCAAACACACUAUAUGAAGGAAAAUAAAUGCUGCAAGAUGUGUGGACCAGGUAAGAGGAUGUUGGUGGAUGAUAAUUGUGAAGACCCCCGCUGUCAGGACUGUCUAGAUGGAGAAUAUCAGAGCACCUACACACAUGACACCAAAUGUGAACGUCAACCAAGCUGUGACACGAAUUUACAUUUUCUGCCACAAAGUAAUCCAAGUAAGACUGAGCUAAGCAAAUGCCAAUGCAAACAUGGUUACUACUGUUCGGCAGAGGAUGAAUGCAGCACUUGUAAGAAACAUACAGUUUGCAAGCCAGGACAGAGAAUCCUCAAAAAUGGGACAUCAAUAAGUGAUACUGCGUGUGCAGCGUGUAUAGAUGGAACAUUUUCCAGCCAUGAUUCAGCAAGCACCUGCUUUGAAUGGACAAAAUGUAAAGCUGGAUAUGUUCAAGGCACUUCUGGCAAUUUAACAUCAGACAGGACCUGUGUGCAGCAUACACCGUCUGACAGAGUUACCAUUUUGUUGUUCGUUGGGGGAGUUCUAUUGUUAAUCAUCGCAGCCAUAGUUCUUAUGAUUUACAUCAGAAAACGCAAAAUUGGAUGGAAUAGGGUAAAAGUCAACUUUAUACCAAAGUCCUUCAAAAAUAUCCCCAAAAACCCCAUAGUGGGUAUAGGCAUAAUUCAAAACGGAGACAUUCAGGCUCUUUGCGAGAGAGGGGACCAGACAAUUAUCCAACAGCCUCAGGAGGACAUUGACAACACUGAACCUGUGAGCCCCUCGUCAAGUAACGUGACUGAAAAUGGAAAUGUCGUAGAACAAGAAGAUGGCAAACACUCUAUCAUAGCAAGUUCUGAAACAGGGAGCACUUUCUUCUAAAACAGCACAUACAUCUAUGCUCGCAGCAUGAUUCAAUCCUCAACAUACAGAGCAUUAUGUUAUAAAUCACUGGCGUACUCUAAACUAAACAUCCCUAAAGUACCGUAGAACAAACUAGCAUGUCACAAAUACUCACAUUACCAUUACUUCAAUUUGUCUUCAAAGUGUUACGUUAAGGGCUGAAACAGUAGCGCCUUGGGAUGAGCUUGUGUUUGUAAACAGACAGAUAGUGACACUUAUAUGAAUGUCACUAUGGCUGAAAGUGUUUGCCGCUCCAAUAGCAUCCUGUAAUUGUGACGAAAUGCUGCAGUUACCUCACAAUCGAGGAACACUUACACAAUAAAUACAAUUGUUAAAUAAAAAGCAUUCAAAACUAUUCAGAAACAAACAAAGGUCAAAUAGAAACAUUGAUGGAUUGUAAUGACAUUUGAAGGCAUACAUUAAGGGAGUAACACUAGCCUUGUCUUAUCCAUAAAGUAUACAAAGAAAGAAGGAGAGUUGUGUAGGAUAGAGGGGUAAAAGGAAGCAGGAACUACUUGAAGGAAUAUUCCGGGUUCAAAGCAAGCUCAGCUCAAUCGAUAACAUUUGUGGAGUACCACAAAAUAUUACGUUCAACCUGUGCUUCCUUUUCUUUAGACAAAGCUAAAUUGAGGGAACAGUGGAGCGUUUGCAAUUGAGGUGAAUGGGGCCCAUAUUUGGAGGAUUUAAAGGCAGAAUUGUGAAGCUUAUAAUUUCAUAAAUGCACUUACAUUAAUUCUUCUAUUAAAUCUGUGAAUUAUUUGUGCUGUUAAAUUGUUCAAAUUGUCGUUUUUACGGCAUUACGUUGUCAUGGUAACAAAGGUUUAAAAUGGAUAUAACUUUGUUUACAUAUUUUAAUGUUUACUUAUUGGCCCCAUUCACUUCAAUUGUAGGUGCCUCACUGUAACCAUAUUAUUUUUUAUUUAUUUAUUUAUUUUAAGAAAAUGAGGGACGUCAAUAAAAUUAUUAUGGUAAUCAACAUGGAAAUUAAUCAACACUGUCGACUGAGCCUAACUUCCUUUAAACUCAACUGCUUGCUCACGUUUCAAACUGUACUCUGAAUUCAGGACUGAACACUUUGAAUAAUAAAAGUAGAAGAAUGUAGUACAAAAAAGGUUAAAAAACAAACAUUUUUUUGCUUAAUUUACAGUGUUUGUGUAAUUUAUGUACAGUUGUUUAGCUAGUCUUUAUUAAUAUGUUGUACUUGUUUUAUGUAUUUUGUUAUGUUCUGUAAAUAUUUCCAUUGUACAUACUGUUUUGUUGAGUAUUAUAUUUACGUUAGAUUUCAGACUACAGUAACUGCAAACUGUUUUUUACAGAUUAAAUUAGUAGGGUGUGAACUUUUACAUGCAUCUGUCUAUAAAUAAUUCACUCAUUCACUUGCAGUAUGAGGUUUCAAAUGUCAAUUAGAAACUACAGACAAUCUUGGUGUGAAUCUGAAUUUCACAUGUCACUCUUGUGUAUUGAAGUGUAAGAAUUGUGAAAUACUCCGACUGUCCACAGGAGGCCGCUGUUGCUAUUAUUAAAAAUAAACGUGUAUGGAAAAAUAUAGAGAGAGGACCAAUUGGAGGCAAAUCUUAAGGUUUACCUGAAUACAUUUAUUCAAUAUUCAACUUUAAAUUUGCUCACAGUAACCAUUAAAAUGUACUUGUUCAUUAGUCAAUUUCCAAGAAAUGCUAAAUUUGUUUUGUAAUUUUGACGCAUGCAUUUUUGACUAUUCAGGUAAUUCUUUUGAAUGAAUUUUGCUGUAUAAAAACAAAAGUAGUUUGUUGAACUAUAAAUAAAGCUACACUGCCCAAA